AUGCAGAGUGUUGGCACCUGCGCCAACGCCCCAAUGGCACUGUUGAGAGUGCUCACUGACAUGGACCUUUUCACCUCUUCCCUUGCCUUUGUGACUCCGAUCUGCCUUGUGCGAUUGGGUCGGGCAUGCAGAGCGCUACAGAUCGCGAACUGUGAGCAGGUGCUUGGGUUUUUGGGCUCAGCUGCAAGCUCCAGCCGCUGGCGCGAAACAUCCUUGAUGCCUAAGGCAGGUGAAAAGUGGAGUCUUGAGCGACUUCAUCUCUGUUUUGCACCACCGCAAUUUCCGCUCAUACAUUUUGACUUCGCAAACGAUGCUCUGGAUGAAGAGGCAAGGCAAAGCUUGGAAUCGGUUGCUGAGAUCUUGCGGAGGCAUCCCGGCCUCCGACUGCUCGUGAGAGGCUAUGCCCGCCCUGAAGCUCCGCCUGAUUUGGGCAUCGCACUCUCUCAGGCACGGGCCGCGCGGGUGCGCUCCCAUUUGCUCGGCCUCUUGGAUCCAGGCCGCUGGCAGGAGGAUGCAACCGAAGGUCUCCGACAAGGUGGCUACAGCGAGGGAGAUCCAGAUCUGGAUCGUGUUCUGGAGUUCUACAGGCCACGUGUCGUUGGACGGAGGAUUCGAGCCGUCGGCUGCUGGUCCGAAACUGACAUGGUUUCCCGGCGUGCUGGUUUGGGUGGUGGACAGUCCGCUGAAAUCGUCGUCGACGGCUUUCAAGAAAGUUCUUAA